GACAGCUACGAGACGGGAUAGGGUAAGUCUGCACCUUCAUGUGUGCGACGACAACCUGGGGCCUCUCCUCCUGGACCCACUAAUAGAUUACCCUACAACUUGGGUUACGCUGGUGCUAGAGAAGAGACGAGUCGUUGUUUCGUAGUCGUAAUUCUGGAUUAGUCGCUCUCGUCCUCCGUCGCUGAGACUACCGCUCUCUCAUACCUAAUUUAAUACAUGAACUAAAUGUUUGACUUGUUUUAAAUAUGUUAAACCGUCACCAAUCCAAAUUAUAGGCUUUAUUUUUGAAGAAAGAGAUAAAAAAGAUGGCUGAACCUGG